CAGAGGGCCGCAUCACGUGACUCACUGUUGUCCUAGCGUGUCCUGAAAUGGCAAGAAAUGAGGAGAAACAGCUUGGAAAAUUAAAUCGAUUAUGGCUUCAGAAAGAAAGAGAGGAAGGUCGCAUUAAAGAUGUUACCGAGCCAAGACCAAAACUCGCGACGUUGAAUUCUGUCGCAGCCGUGAAGAAAUGGAUACCAAGCAUCAAGAAUGAGAUCGAGUACUACCUGCAGCAGUCCCAGCUAUCCCACUACCCGGAGAGGAAGAUAGCAGAGUUCCAGCAGCAAAUUGAGCAGCUGGAAAAAGAAUACAAGCGAUACCUCAACAAACUGCGCUCCCUGGACCCCACCUGCAAACAUAAGCCUUGGACUCCUAGAGCAUACUCCAAGAGGAGGCAAGACUCUGACAGCGGUCAAUGCACUGUCAAAAGGCUCUGCGCCCCUGAUCCCUGUAGUCAAGCCAGUCCAGCAGAAGCAGCUACAACAUCUACCCUAUAUAAGCAGGAUCUGCUUAACCAGUCAACCCCCGGUGCUACCUCACCUUCAGAUCUUCCAGACCAGGAUCUCCCACUAUCCUUUGACCGCACUAGGCUGGCAGUAGCAGUGGCUGGAUCUUGGAGGACUCCAUCAGGACAGCUGCAGGAUAUGAAUACACUGGCUUCUGUGCUGCGCAGUGGCCUACCCAACCUGCACAGCUCCAUAGCACCAGCUGGAGGACUUCAGGAGAGCCUGGAGACAAAACACCCCCCCUGUACUGAAAUAACACAGAAUAAGACAGAACACGUGUUGGGAUUGGGGUGCUACUCAUCUUCAGAUGAGGAAACGUAAUGAAUCAGCAAAGGUGCUGAUGAAACUGGGACACAAAUGAGACCAGUGAGGCUUUUUUAGGAAUCUCACUGGUUUGUACAAAUGGAUAUUUAAGUUUACUGUAUGUUUUUUUUCUGUGUUGGACUUUAUGUAAUAAACUGAUUUUCUCUGAGUGGCUUUAUGGUCUUCACAAUUAAUAUCAGAAAAACAACAAAAACUAGCAUUUUUGAAAAAUUAUUCUUAAGGGGCAGUCCACAGAUUUGUUCAUUUCUGCAUAAUUAAAUUUUUAACAUGUAAACAAGUAAUUCAGUGUGGUUUGAUGUGAAAUGUGCUAAAGAAAUGUAUAGAAUCAAACAGGUUUACAGUGGUGAUGAUAAGGAACCAGACAUUUGUUUAAUGCCUCUAAAACUCACAGAAAGUUCAUUGUUUAUGAAGGCAUUGCCUGAUGCCAGACAUUGUUUUUAUGAUAGUUUUCAGAUAAGGUUUUGGCCUGAAAUGUAGUUUUUAAAUAAAUUCAUGGUCCAGAGUUACAUGUAGGGCAAAACAGCACAAUGAACAUUUUUAGACAUUUACUAUUCUACCAUUAUCAACAUUACAUAUAAAACUCAAAGGAUAUAGGCUCACUGGUCAUUUUGGAUGGCGAAUACUAUGGUUAGAUUUGUGUUGUACACAUUAAGACCCUUGGUUUCUACUGUAAAGACAAUCUGUGUCAGUAUGUUUUCCCACAAUGUAUCAUUUCACAUUGAAAUAAACAGAAUAACUUUACAUCUCGA